AUGGCUACACUCGAAUCGCUGGAUGAGCGCAGCAGGGCGUUCACGCCCACGCAGAUCCGAUCUGAUUGUUGCCAAGCGCGCAUAUGGGGUGGUGGCAACGGUGGGCAAUGCCAAAGGCACCAGUUACGCCGCGGGCUGUGUCAAAGUCAUCUCAACUAUCUCGAGAAGUCCGGCCUAUCGCAUGGCCUUGUUACGGAGCCCAUCCCGGAAGGAAAGCUGGUUGAGUUUGAGCUUUUUGCCAUGGAUCGGUCCGCGCCGUCUGCAGGUGGCUCUUCGCUGGAGCCGAAGCUGAAACGGAGACGUACUUCGACUAAAGCGACUCAUCAGGAGCUCGCGAAGUCCGAGGAGAUCAAGCGGCCCGCAGCGGAAACUUCGCUGCCAGCCACAUCCAGCAAAACCUCUACGACGGAGGCAGCGCGAGUCGGGUGA